AUGACGCCGGCGGACGACUCCCCCCACGAGACGCGGCUCUCGCUGGAGACGGCGGCGCCCUCCGCGGAGGCGGGCGAGGGUGACCCCGACGCCGCUCCCUACGUCGGGCAGCGGUUCCCGACCCACGACGCGGCGUACGAGUUCUACAGCGGGUUCGCGCGGCGGUGCGGGUUCUCGAUCCGGCGGCACCGGACGGAGGGGAAGGACGGCGUGGGCAGCGGGCUGACCAGGCGGUACUUCGUGUGCCACCGCGCGGGGUCCGCGCCGGCGAAGCCGCUCGCCGCAGAUGAUGAGGAUAAUGGAGCUGGAGAAGUGCAUCGAGCCAGGAACCUGCCUUUCACGGAGAAGGAUGUGAGGAACCUCAUACAGUCCAGGAAGGUCGAGCAUGACGAGGACGAGAGCGUCGAUCUACUUAGGAUGUGCAAGAAUUUCAAAGAGAAGGAUCCCAAUUUCAAGUGUGAGUUCACCAAAGAUGCGAACAAUCAUGUGGAGAACAUUGCCUGGACGUAUGCGGAUUCGGUUCAGUCUUAUGAGUUAUUUGGUGAUGCUGUUGUGUUUGACACCACUCAUCGAUUAUCUGCACUCGACAUGGUGCUUGGGAUAUGGGUUGGUUUGAACAAUUAUGGAAGGUCUUUCUUCUUUGCUUGUGUGCUUCUAAGGGAGGAGAAUCAGAUAUCAUUUGCAUGGGCAUUGCAGGUGUUUCUCAACUUCAUGAACAGGAAAGCUCCUCUGACGAUACUCACAGAUCAAAAUGUAUGUCUCAAGGAAGCAAUUGAAAAGGAACUACCUAGCACAAAGCAUGUCCUCUGCAAAUGGCUAAUAGAAGCCAGGCUCCCAUCUUGGUUUGGUGCAAAUCUAGGAGAGCGAUACAAGGACUGGAAAAAUGAAUUCGAUAGGCUAUAUAACAUGGACAGCACAGUGGCAUUUGAUCUUGGGUGGAAUGACAUGGUGAACUGCUAUGGACUUCAUGGAAAUGAGCAUAUUGCUAGUCUGUUUGCAUCAAGAAAUCUCUGGGCCUUGCCGUUUUUGAGAGGGCGUUUUACUUCUGGACUGAUUACUUCCCCAGCUGUUUCAAAGUCAACUAAUGCCUUCAUUCAGCGAUUCUUGAGUGCUCAAAGACACCUUGCAAACUUCAUUGAGCAGGUUUCAAUUAUUGUUACCUACAAAGACCAAGCUGGUGAACAAGAAAUGAUGCGGCAAAGUUUGCAGAGCAUAAGCCUGAAGACAGCAUCUCCAAUUGAAGGCCAUGCUGCUGCAGUUCUCAGCCCAUAUGCCUUCUCUAAGCUACAAGAUGAGCUUGUUGCGUCUGCUCAAUAUGCAUCCUUGCACUUGGAAGGGAGUAUUUUUCUUGUCCGUCACCAUACCAAGGAGGCGGGUGAUUGCAGUGUUACAUGGAACCAAAGGGAGGAGCUCAUUUCUUGCUGCUGCCAGAUGUUCGAGUCCUCAGGGAUCCUCUGCCGGCAUGCCCUUCGCGUGCUCACAGCACUGAAUUAUUUCCAGAUCCCAGACCUGUACCUUCCUGUCCGGUGGCGCAGGACUCAGCCACCACCGUCCAACAACUUGAAUGGAGCUCCUCAUCACCCUGAGGGCGUAGCAUCUGAGAGAGUGGGAGCAUUGCAAUCCAUGGUCUCAGCGCUGGUGAGUGAAGCAACAAAAUCUCAUGAGCGGAUGGAUCUUGCAACGCAGGAGGUGUAUCUCCUACUGUCCAGGAUAAAGCAGCAACCAGUCUCGAUGCAUGUUUCAGGUGAAAGUGUUAGUAGGCUGCAAUAA